AUACUCAAUCACCCGAACCUGUCCGCCGCCGCCAACAAAACAGGAGGACAUCAUCAUCAACAACAACAACAACAACAAUACCGGUUACCGCAAAAACACCGAAAACUAUCGGCCAUAGUAUACAGGAUAAGCCUAUCGGGAGAGUUAUGACCAACAACUAUGAUCUAUCACUAAAAUUGCUGGUAAUCGGCAAUUCAUCGGUCGGAAAGUCGGCAUUUAUCUACCGAUACACUGACUAUAUGUUCAAAAUAUCAGCCGCCAGUACAGUAGGUAUGGAUAUUAAAGUCAAAACAAUUGACAGACAGACGGAGGAAGUGGACGGUGUCAGCGGCGGCGGCAACAAACAGACUAUCCGUUUAGAGAUCUGGGAUACGGCCGGUCAGGAAAAGUAUCGUACGAUUACCAGUUCAUACUUUCGUAAAUCAGACGGUUGUCUACUAAUGUAUGACGUGACCAAUGGACAGUCGUUUAAUAUGAUUGAACAAUGGCUUCAAUUAUAUAGAGAAUUAGCACCCGAUGGGGCACAGGUAGUAUUGGUUGGCAAUAAAUGUGAUAUCAGUGAUGGUAGUGGAGGUAGUGAUGAUUAUGACAGCCAACAACAACAACAGCCGAAGCAGCAUCGGGUGAUCAGCUAUGAAAUGGGCCGACAAUUGGCCGAUAAAUUGAAACUGGAUUUCUAUGAAACAUCAGUCAAACAUAAUAUCAAUGUCGACAAAGUGUUUGAUAGAUUAGUGGAUAUUAUUUGCGAUAACCAUAUGUUGAACGAAAGCCCGGAGCCGCCAACAAAUAUGGCGACCAUAGGGACAGUCGUCUUAGAUAAUUCUCGGCUAAUUUCAGGUCGAAAAAAAUCAAAAUGUUGUUAA